AUGGUCACGCCGCUACAAGUCUUCCACCGCAGCGCCCGGGCAAUCAGCGCCCGCGAGUUCGAAGAUGCUCUCCAAGCAAUAUGCCUCCCCCGGUUCCCUCCGGCCUUCAGUCCCGUGCAUCGCCAGGUCGCCUGUGCCAUAAGCGGAGGCGUGGACUCUAUGGCCUUGGCCUUCCUAUUCAACCGGUUGAAACAAGAUACUCAUUCGCUGAUCUCUAGCGGUCCCUCUAUGGAAGCCUUUCGCAUCAGCGACAACAUUUUGAACAAGGUCCGCGCCGUCAUUAUCGACCAUGGCUUGCGCGAGGGUAGUGACGAGGAGGCAAGGAAGGUGGCCAAUGUCAUCAGGACCAAGUUCCCAGACUUUUUAUACCCUGUUAUUGAGCCUAUAAACUGGAGGUCUGAACUCGGCCCCGGUGUAGACCCCAAGACCCAACCCAAUAUCGAAACCCUAGGCCGCAAACUUCGCUAUGUCGCGUUUGCGAGCGCAUGCCGCUCUUACAAUGCUGUUUCCCUGUUCACAGCCCACCAUGAGGACGAUGAGUACGAAACCAUCCUGAUGAGGAUGAUAAGCGGCCGUGGCUACCGCGGUCUUCAGGGGAUCCCGCCUGCGGCAGACAUUCCAGAGUGCUACGAUAUUUAUAACGCCUACCAGAGUGGUUAUCUGGAUGACCAAGCGUCCUCCAACCCAUUUUGGACCAGGAUGCCGGCGGGAAGGCGGAUGAAGAGAAUCCUGAGGUCCAGCCUGCGUAAUCAGCUCGAUCCGCAAAUGCUCCAGUAUGAAAUGGCUUAUGGCAUGAGGAGUGAUGGAAGCCAGUACUUCAACGAGUACCAGCGCGCACAUCGCAAAGGGGGAGACGUCCCUCCAGUCCCAGAGGUCGAGGCAGAGGAUGGUGGCAUAAUGAUCUACCGCCCUCUACUUGGCUUCAGCAAAGACAGGCUCACUGCCACCUGUGAGGAGAACGACAUUCCUUGGUUCGAAGAUUACACGAAUGCAGACCCGACCUUCACUCCCCGCAAUGCUAUCCGAUACUUGGUCAAGCAUCACAAUCUUCCAGCCGCCUUGCAGAAGCCUGCCAUUUUGCAGCUUGGAGCACGGUGCCGCGCCAGAGUUGCCGCCGAGGAAGCCGAAGCCGGUAGAGUUCUCGAGCGGCUACAUGUCCGUGAUCUCGCAACGACAGCCGGGACCGUGGAGGCGGAGAUGCCCAGGUACAAACUACCAGGAGGUCCCAGACUGUCUCGGAGGUCUGCUGUUUGGCGCAAGAAGCGUCUUAUUCACUAUCGCACCAUCGCUGCCAUCAUCGUACGGAGACUGAUAUCGUUGGUCACGCCCCAUCAUUCCACGCUGCCAACGCUUGCGGAACUCGAAUAUUCCGUCUCGUUGCUCUUUCCCGAACUGAGGCUGCCCGACGACAAGGAGAACCCAACACUCCAGGGCAGGCCCAAAGGCUACGUGAUUGCCGGCGUGCACAUGGACCCCCUUAUCCAGCCCAACGGCUCCGUCCGCUGGCGACUCUCCCGAGCCCCUUACGAAACCAAGACUCGCGCCCCAGAGCUUCGAAUUUCCGCAGUACCCUUGCGGUCGCGUUUCCUUAAAGAACCUUCGGAUUGGCCAACUGACGGCGGGAAAAAAUGGAAGCUCUGGGACGGCCGCUAUUGGAUCCGGCUCCGCCACCGCUCGCCCUGUAACAUCCGCAUCGCCCCCUUCGACGCCGCGUACCAGAAGGACUUCCGCGAGGGUCUCCUCCUCGGCGAGAAGGUCAAGAACAAGGAGCUGCUCACUAACAUGCUGAAAGUCUACGCGCCCGGCCGCAUCCGGUACACGCUCCCCGCCGUCUACGCGGAUGCCGAUUUCCUGAGUUACACCAACAACAACGAAGCAUACUGGCCCCAGCCGCCGGACCACCUACGUCAGGCCGCGGCCGGUAUCGCCGAGGAUGAUACCGAAACUCCCACUCCGGAAACGGUGACCAUCCAACAACUCCAGAAGAAUUUGACAAAAAAUCAGAUACUCGACCUCUUGGCCUUUUACGACAAGUGGGAGGAGAGCAAAUACGUUCCCUGCAACGCCGACACUUGGUACCUUCCCUCCCAAAGAAAGCUCAGAAAACUCAUCGCCCUCCCCACCCUCGGCCUUUCCCUCCCAGGCGCUUACGAUUGGGUGCAGUGCGAGGUGCGGUAUCGCAAGAUCGAUGGAGAUUUGUUGCGGCGGGGGACGUCGUGGCAGAGACCCAAGUUUUGGCGGACGAGGGAUCGGACUUUUAAGCUGAGGAGGCGGGAGACGCUGUUGGAGAGAAGGGAGUGGUGGGGUUUGAGGGGGGGGAAGGGCGAGGACGUGCCGGUUACUCUAGCUGAUGCUUUUAGGGAUGAGUAA